UAUUAAAAAAAAAAAAAAUUCCUGGCUUUACUCAACCUUCCCCCUCCGGUCUCUGACUUACCGCCCUCGGCCGUACGAUCGCUACUCCGUCUCCGCCGGUUGUCCGUCUUCGUUACUCUAUCCAUGGGAAUGUAGUAACUCUUUCAUGGGUGUUUGGAAAUAUUUCAAGAUAGAAAUAGCCUUUUUUGAAAUGUUUAGAAAAUGUUUCUCACACGUUAGACGUUAACUAUGUAGUACAAUAGCAAUGCCUAUUGUAAUUUCGAUUCAUAAGAAUUUCUUGAUGCCACAAAAUGCCUUUGUUCUCGAAUAAAUUUUCUCCUAAGAAGACACCGACCAGAAAGGUUGGUCCUGUCAGAAUUUGUCUUGGAAAUCAGAAGGCAGUGUUUGAAGAUGGACAGUGGAUCCCAGGUGAUGUUCGCAAGAUCGUUGAUGACGAUACAAUACAUUUGUUCUAGUUUAUUAAAAAGGGAAAAGAUUACAGAAUCAGGAAAAGCAGCUGAAACAUUUAAGGAGAAUGAAAGGCUACACAUAGAAAUGAAAAAACUUCGGGAAGAAAAUAAUUUGCUAAAAUUAAAGUUGGAGGUACUGUUGGACAUGACGUUAACUUUACAGCUUUCACGUACUACUGCGGAGUCCCAGAUACAAGAUAGACGGUCGAACGAAUCAAACUAUGAUAAACGAGAUGUCACGUAGGACGUGAACGAUAAUAAAGUACAAUUGGAUUAUCCAAGGAAUGCUUAAUAACUAAGUGGGCUGAACUGACCUGUGACGGGCAAAACAGACUGUAACGAUUACUUCGAUCUUGAGAGCUUUCUUUGCAAUUUCUUCUAUUCCAAAGUACGAUAAAAAUAAAUUAAUGAACAGACUUGUUCUAAAUGUAAAACACUGA